CUCCCGUCCGUCAUCCCGGUAGUUCAGUACCCAGUUUACCGUGAGUGUUAAUCGUCGCUUGUGACCGCCGCACGAUCGCAGCAAUGCUAGUGGAUGAGAAUGACUAUUACGAUGGUUUUCGAACUUUCGCUUGGUUAUCCGAUUUCAUCGGUUUGCCGAUCGAUCAGGUCAAUUUCGUGUUGUCCCAAAUCACAGCUCUGGUCCUGGCUGGACUUUUGAGAUCGACUCUCAAUCCGCUGGCGGUGCCGCAAGCGACUCGUCACGCCUUCGGACUCGUGAUCGGGCUUUGCCUCGGUUACUUCUGUUUCGGCAAACAAGCGGUUCACUUGGCUGGACUGCCGGCAAUAUGCUACAUCGCCAUGCGGACGAAGGAUCCAAAAGUCAUGCAAACAUAUGUUCUCACUUUGGCUAUUGGAUAUCUGUCCAGCAUUCACGUUUAUCGGCAGAUCUACGAUUACGGUUCCUACCAUCUUGACAUCACUGGUCCCCUGAUGGUCAUAACACAAAAAGUUGUAAGCCUGGCAUACAAUAUUCACGACGGCGUCACUCGUUUGGAGUCUGAACUCACGCCUACUCAAAGAUACCAAGCCGUAAAGAUAAUGCCAACGGCCCUUGAGUACUUCAGUUACGUCUUCCACUUCCAGGCGUUGAUGGCCGGUCCUGUAAUCUUCUACCGUGAUUACGUAGACUUCAUACACGGUAGUGGAAUUCGAGGAACACAACCUUUGACGAUAUUUUACGACAAAUCGCCGCAACAAUUGGACGAGAUUGUUCUGGAACCACGACCGACAAUGAUCGUAAUGAAAAAAGUGGUCGCCAGCUUGAUGUGUGCUGUGAUAUUUGUUACUUUCAUUCCAUCAUAUCCGAUUCAAAGAAUAAAAGAUGAAAACUUUUUGGAAAAUACCUCAGCGGCUUACAUAAUUUGGUAUUUAAUGAUCGCGACGAUGAUGGUACGUUUCAAGUAUUAUUAUGCCUGGUUGUUUGCCGACGCCAUUUGCAACAACUCUGGCCUAGGAAGGAACGGUCGAAAUCCUGAUGGGAGUGUCAAAUGGGAUCUCAUUUCGAACGUUGACGUUAUUCCUUUCGAGCUUUCACUGAGUUUGAGGGACACCGUUGAACAUUGGAACAAAGGAACGAAUCGUUGGUUGAGAUCGGUCGUUUACGAAAGAGUCAAACGCCACAAAGUCCUUUUGACGUACACUCUUUCAGCAGUAUGGCACGGUUUUUAUCCGGGCUACUACCUCACUUUUGCCAGUGGAGUUUUGUUCACGACAGCUUCACGUACUGUCCGACGUCACUUACGACCUUACUUCCUCGAUUCCAAGCCAGCCAAGUUUUUCUACGAUGUACUAACUUUCAUCGCAACUCGAAUUAUUGUAGCCUAUAUAACGUUCAGCUUUGUUGUAUUAGAAUUCCUGCCGUCCAUAAGAGUAUGGCUACGCUUGUACCUGGCUCCGCAUUUGUUGGGACUCGCGGCUAUAUUCGUUUUGCCAUUACUCCCAUUGAAAAAGGAGACGAAAAAGACGACCGAUUCCGAGAUUACGAAACCUCGCCCCAGUGAAGUUACCAAUGGCUACGCUAACAAAUCGGAGUAAAUCAACGACCAAUUUCCACAACGAGAGUACGAAAAAACCACAAAAAUUCGGGGCGAGCGUCCCACGUUGUAAUACUAAUUAUUUUACACUUUUAAACAGAGAUUUCUCAAGAUUACAGUUAUUAACAGUUAUAUAUGAGUAUAUUUAUAUAUGCGUAUGUGUUCGUAUCAAUGUUGACCGCAUACGCAACCGUUAUUGACGGGACUACUCAUGAUCGGACACGUGUACAGUUCCUCACGCACAAAAAUCCAAAACUAGCACAAAAACUGUAUUUUUUCUAUACUGGUUCAGCCAGUGAUAAUUAUACAAGAAUUGUUUGGCAGUGCAAUAAGAAAUGAUCGCACGUCGUGUUGAAAAUGAUUAAUAUUACUGAGAGUUUAUUGCAUGAACAAUAUUUGAGAAGAUUUGAGCGAAUACGUUUUCACGAUUGAAUGAAUUUUAAAAAACGGGCAAUGCGUCCACGCCUCAGGGGAACUUUUCAAAUGAUAUUUUCUAUUUCCAUUGAAGGAAUAUUGAGGAGAACUCGAUUUUUUUGUAUGUUAUAUGGUUUUAUCUUGUAAUAAUAAAACGGUUACUGCGUCGUA